CAGUUAUGCGCGUGUGUGAGAGCAGUGGUCAUGACUCGGGAUGACUCCAGCGGCGGGUGGCUCCCCCUCGGGGGUGGAGGGCUCAGCUGUGUCACCGUGUAUAAGGUGAGCCAGCGGGACGACCAGCGGCAGCACCCACAGCGGAGGCAGCAGCAGCGGAGGAGCAGUGCCAACCUGAGCCCGUGUAGUCCCAGCCCCACCCCCAGCACCACCCCCAGCCCCUCUGCGGUUGAGUUCCACAUCAAGGGAGAGCGCCUCAAAGACAAACUGGUGGUGCUGGAGUGCAUCCUGCAGACUGACGUGGUCUAUAACAAGGUGAACCCCAUCUUUCACCACUGGAGGAUCAACGACAAGAAGUUUGGCUUGACCUUCCAGAGCCCGGCAGAUGCACGCGCCUUCGACCGGGGCAUCCGCAGGGCCAUCGAGGACCUUAAGCAAGGUUGUCGGUCCUUCGGAGAUGUCGACAGUCCGGAGGAUGGUUUACCAGUGUGUAACGAGCCCCCGUCUCUCUGUACCCCGAUGAAGGAGCCCUUCUCUCCCCUGAGUGAGGCACACACGGAGCCCUUCAGAGGGUGCUACGUCCGAGCUCAGCCCUUUGAUGAGUUCCCCUCGAACACGCGCUACCUACCCCCACAGGUGUCCUUCAAGCCGACCCGCCACGUCAGCUUCCACAUGGACGAAGAGGAGAUCGUGCGCAUCAACCCCCGGAAGGACGUACUGAUCCGGGGCUACGAGGACUACCGCCACCCGGUGAUGUGGAAGCAGGAGGAGCGUGACGCCAUGGACUUCCCCUCCCCCUUCCACAAAGCCGACAACAACAAGUACCUGUUCUCGGACGCACACCCCGGGGACCUGCACCACUCGUCGGGAACUGGCGCGGGCAUGGGCACCGGCCUGGGCAUGGGAUUGGGCAAAGACUCGGCCAUUAAAACCCAGCCCUCGCCCCUGCUCAAGUCCAAGAAGAGCCGGCGGAGGAGAGAGGACGGUGAACGCUCCCGGUGCAUCUACUGCCGCGAGAUGUUCAACCACGAGGACAACCGGAGGGGGCAGUGCCAAGACGCGCCCGACCCCAUCAAGCAGUGCAUCUACAAAGUGAGCUGCAUGCUGUGCGCCGAGAGCAUGCUGUACCACUGCAUGUCCGAUUCAGAGGGCGACUUCUCCGACCCCUGCUCCUGCGACACGUCCGACGAGCAGUUCUGCCUGCGCUGGCUCGCCCUGGUGGCUCUGUCCUUCAUCGCGCCCUGUAUGUGCUGCUACCUGCCCCUUCGCGCCUGCCACCACUGCGGGGAGGCGUGCCGGUGCUGCGGGGGCAAGCACAAAGCAGCCGGGUGACCUCCGCUACACCUGUACGCUAACACCCCUUGGGACACCACUGAAGCUAGCUUAUAAAGUGGAAAUUUAAAAAGCCGGCAUCCUUUUAUUCCAUCGCCCCUCCGCUCAGACAGGGGGCGAUCUGUUCUGAGAUUUGAGUUUGUCGCCGACGAGCAGCAGCGGAUCGGUGAGACAUGCUUUGUGGUUAGCUCUGAGCACACACGCUAGCUCAGGAGCGCAAAUUGUGGAGGAGUGCAAGAUUUAACAGACUCGGAGGCACUACUAAUGACACCUGUACACACACACAUACACAGACACACAAACAUACAGUCGUGUUUCAUAACGCCAGGCCACAUGCGGACAAAGUAUCGUUUAUGAAGGAAUCUUUUGUACAGAGAUCGACAAGCUAUUGACUAUUAUUGUUCCGAAAAAGCUCCUCGCCGUUCGCUAAAAGGGAUCUGUUUUUGCUUCUGUGAUUUGGCUAACCGCGGCCAUCUUCACGGCUCGACGGUUGUAAUUACUAUACAGAAAAGUGCACUCCAAAUAGUGUUUUUUCCCUCUCCUUCAGUAUCGGUCUGUUGUGGUGUGCGAGCCACGUGAUUUCUUGUCAUUUUGAACAUUUGACAGAUGUUUUGUGGUGCAUUUAUGGCCAAUGUUCUUCGCCCAUUUUAAUCCCCAAAAUGUUGUUUUGAAGGUACUUUUCGGAAGCGAUGUUCUCCGCAGCCAAACAAUUCGGACCAUUUCACCGCAUUCCAAAACAAAGGGAUCAACUAGAAGGGAAAAUGGUAGUGGUUUUACCAUGUGCUCUUCCCCAAAAUAGUUGCAGAAUCACACAGGUUCAAGUUUAAAGAAAUUGUGUAAAAUUUUGUUGUCUCAGUUAUAAAAAAAAUAUAUAUAUAUAUAUAAUUCUAUUUUUGGAUGAAUUUGAAAUGUUGCUCAACCAGCAAGUUUUAAUGAGGUGAGUCUGGGGUUUGCGUGCUGAUUUUUAGCAGUUAAAAACGUGGCACUUAUUAGAUUGUUGAUUUUAUUUGAACCCCUUUAAACUAACAGAACAUAGUUUUUAAGCACUAGUACUUUCUCAGCUUUGGUUGCAACACCUCCUUAGUCCAUGUUAUUAUAUUUUUUGUUUUUUUGUAUACCCAUUCUGUUCUGUCAUUCCCCAAAGUGAAUUCCUUGUAACUCGUCCGAAUGCUUGACUUAGAACUGUAUUAAAAUGGCGAGUGUGUGCGUGUGUGUACAUAGGUGUAUUAUGCACUGGUGAUCGUUGUAAGAAAACAAAAACUGCCCAAUGUCUCCUGUUUUCUGCAUUUUUUAGUGUUUUUAAAAUAUCAAAAUUUUCAAAAAAUAUUAAAACCAUACGGGAAACAGGAUGCUGGCAGACUGUUAAUUUGUAUUUCCAGUGUAAAAAUGAAAAAAAUCAAAUCAUAUCUGUUUCUAUUGUGGAGUUUUGGUACAAUACAGGCAAGAGACAAAGGCUAUGUCCACAUAAAUACAUUUACACACAAAUAAAAAUCUUGAACAAAACAUAAAUUGAGAUGAGCAGAGUGUUUGAGGUAUUUUGCAAUGAUGUCAAACUUAACAUGCCUAAAAAUGGCAAAGAAAAGUUGGUUAGCUUAGCACUGUUGGCAAAGUUUGCAGGUUUGGCUGCAGCACUGGGCUAGCUGGCAUGUUUCACUUUCCUAUGGGGUUAACGUGACGGCUGCUAACUCGAAUGUUUUGUUAUUGAGCUAUAAAAAUGUUUAUAAUGAAAUGACUUGACUGAGUGAAGUCACUAGCUGAGCGUACAUGAGACAAACGGCUAGUUUGGACAUGAUUUUGGUUAGCUACAUAAUUUAGCUUAAGUAGUUUUAUUCUACUACUACAACAAAACAAAUAAGCUCUGUGCACCGCAGCACAGUAGGUAGCUCAAUGUGUCUCAAAGCUAACGGUUGCUUUAAUUAAAAUCAGAAAAUAUAAAAUGAACAACCUUUUAAAGUUUAAAUAAAUUAAAGACUACUCAAUUAUUUGUAUAUACAGAAUACUUCAGUUUGUAGGGUUUUUAGUAUUUUUUUUGUCUCAAAAUUAGCAUUAGUGUUAGCAUUGAGACACAAACAUCGUUUUCUAAACAGAAGUGUCUUUCUGUGAAGUACUCAUUUUAUUUGUGUAGUGUUUUAACAUGUUGUCAGUGACGUCCACCCGCAGCUCCCUGUUCAUUGUCUGAUCUUUAAAUAUUUAUUCAUUUUAGCGUGACUCGGCAAAAACCUCAGAGAUACAACUGGACAGGAAGUAGUGACGUGAACAGUGAGGUUGCUGGGUGCUAUUGUGCACGGAUUAGCCUCCAACAAUGUCAUUCAUUGCAAUAUGGUGUAAAAUUUGACAUUACACAGCCUUAGCGGGCAAAGAACAUAAGCGGGUUACUGGCUAUUGGCUGUUUUACUAACUCAUCAGUACAUUCAUUAUUACAUAAGCUACAUAUGUUGAGAUAAAGUUGCACAGUGCUGCUUUAAAUAAUGCAUUUGUGUGGACAUGGCCUACUUUUGACAUUUUACAAAAUUAACAAUAGAUUUUAAAACCCAAUCAGACUCAACUAAUCUUCAAAUGUCCACCGUUCAUCUCCAAAAUGUAAAUAUUAUUAAUUAAUAUGAUCAGAGAAGUCUCAUUAUACAACUUAACCAACAUUUUCUUACAAAUAAAUUACAAAAACUAUCCUUUCUAUGCAAUCUUUCCUUGGACAACCUUGUGCAGUACGUGACGAGACACUAGGGUACCAAACUCCAAAAACACAUGUAAAUAUCUCACACUGUAUUUAAGUGCUGAUAUGAAUAAUAAUAAUGCUAAUAAUAAUAACAAUAAUAAUAAUAAUCCAACAUUUUUUUGUCUUUGAUAUUUGAAAGAUAAAGUUGUAUUUAUGGUCGCUGUCGGCAUUACCGUAGCUUAUAUGACAGCGCUUGUGUAAAUAGGCCACUUCUUAGUAUUAUUUCACAUUGAAAAGUAGACGAGUCCGGGACUGAUACCCUAAUAGUUGAUCUAGUUUUGUACGGUAGGUGGGUUAGCGUUAACGGUACGCUAGGGGGGAGUGUUCUGAAGAGUUUCUAUAUAAAUAUUAUAUAUAUACUGUAUGUACAUCUAAAGCUGCUAGAUACAAUCACUAAUAUUUUUCGUGUUGGCAGAAAUCAGCUAUGAUCGACUGUUAAUUCUCCUACAGCAUAUAACUGAGUGAGUGUGGGCUAUGUGGGCGGGGCUAUGUGGGCGGGGCUAUGUGGGCGGGGCUAUGUGGGCGUGUUACUGUUAAAAAGCACGGUACGGUUCAGUUUGGAUUGCCAAUUGAUGCUGCACUAAAAAAUAGACAUGUCAACUACUGGUGUAAAGUUUAAAAAAAGUUUAAUACUAUCCAGAUCAGCUGAACAAAAAUCAGGACUUUUUAAAUUAUUUUUUUAUACAUCACAACUCAUUGUAAUUUUUUGGCUCCAUAGUAUCAGUAUCGCAUAAACUUGAUACAUAAAACUGAAAGAAAAAAUUCGUGUUUGCUCGUAAAAAUUGUUAUUCAAUUUUUAUUUUGGAUAUUUCUGUGGAAAAGGAAAACUGGCUGAAAACACUGAUCUGACACUGCUAUCGGAUAUCUGUGCCGAUUCUGAAACAUUUGACAUGUCUGAUAUCGGCUCCUAAAUAUCGAUUCAGCCGAUAUCCUGGUUGGGUUUAUAAAUUGUUGUAAUAAGACUGUUACUGGUCGUAGAUGGCCCGGUCUUUUAUUUAUGGAAUGUUUUUUGUAUUAAGAGAUAAAAAAGACUGAUGCAUAACACAUUUGAAUCAGUUUUGUGUUUUAUGUUUUUUUUUUUUUUUUUUUUUUAAAGGAAAUUAAUGCUGUUUUCAGUCUCUGCUCUGGUGGUUGAUAUUGGGCAUCGAUAUUGGAAUUAAAAAAGGUGAAUCCCUAGGAAACACUGUCUAGCCUUAAAAUGCUAAAAUCAUAUGAUAAAUUAUAAGUAAGUGCAGCCUCUUGUUGCUGUUCUAACUUAACCGUACCACGCAGCGUCACAGAAACAAUGCCUUUGUGCGUGUGAGUGUGUGUAUAUGUGUAUGUGUGGGGAGGCUGUGUGUAACCAAGCACUCAUCACCUGCAUUAUCCCUGCAUUCUGUGGAGGGCGACUGAACCCGAUCGGGAAAAAGAAAAACUUGCUGGCUGAAUAGCAUCAGGUAGGCUCUCCAUCAAAAACAAACAUAGAGAAUGAGAAAUCCAACUUCGUCAGGGCCUGGAAUCGAAACUGUACAAGUGACAUUUUGUGAUAUAAAUCUGUAAAAUAAAAAGGACAUGGAUAUGCAUUUGAGCAGGUAUUAAUACUAAGAGUCACAUUCACAGGACAGAAAUGAACCUCUCCUGAACAGCUCUAGAAUGAUCUUGAGCUGCAUCAGAACAAGUAUAAGACACAGACUAGUAAAGAGUGUUUUUCAUAACUGUGGUAUCAGAAUUGGCAGUGAGUAUCUCCUUGGUAUUGAAAUUUUGUUUAAAAUGACCUUUUUUGUUAAAACAACAUCCGAGUAUGAGAUUUUAAGCUUCACUUUUACUCAAAAAUGUAAUUUUAAUGCAGUAUAUAUGCAGUUGUUUUGUGGUUUGUUUUUUUUUGUUUUUUUUUUGUUUUUUGGUGAAAAUGUUUUUUUUUUCCCCCCAUCUUAAUUUUGUGCAGUUUUUUUUUUUUUUUUUUUGGUUAUUUUUUGUGAAAAUUGAGCAUUUUUACAUUUUAAAAAGUCAGUUUUUUCUUUUUUUUUCUGUAGAAUUCCUAAACUGUCACUUGCGCUCUUCCGAUCCCCAGCUCUACAUCCAAACCGAGUGUAGAGGUAAAAAAAAAUAACACUUUUGCUCAUUUUAACCAGCACAGUGCUCCUUCUCUUCACGUACUGUAAAAUAUAUGCAACACGUGUCUGUCCGCUUUAAUAUCUCUCUCUAUUUUUAUUAUUAUUAUUAAAAUUUCAACUUCAAUUUUAACCACUUUUUGCUGCUAGUCUUUUAAUCCUCCUUUCGAUCUUGGAAAUGUUGUGCAUAUCUUCGGGGAAUGCAUACCGGUGUACAUUGUUGACAUUGUGUAGAUAAAUUUAAACAAAAGAAUUAACAGAAAAGCGCUCUAAUUUUUCAGUGUAUGGUUUGCUUCUGGUGCACUGAAUUUGUGUACGCUUUUUUUCAUCUUACGGUUGCGCUCGGUGUUACAUUUCUGUGAUUAGUUGGAAAUAGUGGAAGACAUUUGUGUUUUUUGAGAACAUUUUGCAGUAUAAAUGAUACUACUCCUACUACUCUGUGAGCACUGCCUGUUUUUUGCUUUUCUUUCACUUUGUGCAUCUCACGGCUUGGUUACCCGUACGGACGUGGAUGGGAUUAUGAAUGCAUAUUAUCGCCAAAAAAAAGUAUCUGGUUCAGUAAUUUGAAAUCUGAUUUGAAAGUUUGGACGCGUUUCCAAAUGUAACACACAAUGUGGACAAUCACUUAGUCCACUUCUUUAUAAAGUCUAUGAUGUCAAAACAACUCAUCUCAUCAUUUGGCACAUUUUUUGUUUGUUUUUUACCAGAUCGAUCUACAUUUCAAUCUAAAUUGCAAUGUUGAUGUUAAGAUACUAAAUAACUUUUUUUCCCCAAUUUUAAAUAUUUCUACAAAUAUUAGUAAGAUAUGGUUAAAUUGCCUUUUUUAUGUUACGGAAACGCACACGCUCUGUACUACCCCAAAACUUUAAGAUAAUAUGCACUCAUAAAACAUACCCCACAGGACCAGGCCCUUGUUUAGUGCCAUCGGCUUCACCUCCCGACGACCUCAAAAAAGUGCCUCACGUUCAUCCACUAGUCUCCAUUUUUGAAUCUCCAUUUUGGGCCGCCAUUUUGGAUCUCCAUUUCGGAUCUCACCUUCUUCUUCUCCGUUCUCCUUGGUUCCACACAUCUAGGGUCAGUUCUAGUGUUUGAGAACUCCAAGUAUCUGAUGUAAAAUGUACAGUCCCGAUAAGCCCUCAUGUAUUUUCUUUGGACAGAUGUAGCGUGUUCCUCUUCAUCCUGUAAAUAGACAUGUUUGUAACUGUUUUUAUGUUACAUCAUACACUUGUAAUUUGACAUAUCAAAUAACAUUAUCAUAAUAAAAUGGUGAGUUUUAAUCUUUU